AUGAACAUUAUUGAUGAGUACGAUCUUGAUAUGUAUAAGAACACUGUCAUGUCCAAUAACUGCAAAGAUGAAGACAUUUGGUGUAUAUUUAAUAUGUCCAGUUUUAUGAACACCUUAUGUUUCCUUAUAUUUUUUAUUAUAUUUUUAUGGGGACUAUCGAUAAUAUCAAGAUACUACACUUCUUACAAUAUUAUGAAAUAUUUGAGGGACAGAAAGGCCAUAUACAUGCAGAACAUGUCGAGGUACAUCAACGAAAUUAAGAUGCUGUGCAGAAGUCACGUGAACGACAUUAUUCGAAUAAAAAAAAAAAUCACGCCCAAGAAUGUAGAAAAAAUAAACCUGAACAUAACGAUUAACGAUAAUAUUCAAUUAUUCAAAAGUUACUUGAGUUCGAGUGCUAAUGAUAUGAAUAAUUAUUUCAAGUAUACAAUUACAUUUACCUUUUCAACAAAUAAUUGUGUUUACGUGACUCUUUACUGGGGUGUCCUGCUUAAUGAAAUAAAUCAUGUGAUUCAUGAGAAGAUAGAAGCAGGUAAGAAAUGUACGAAUGGGAAAAAUACUGUCAUAUGUAUAGAUAAUUUUAAAAAUUUUUUUAAAGAGGGAUUUAGUAAAACAUUACAGUCGAAGCCAUCGUCUUCUGAUGCAAUGGCAUAUUUGCUUGAUAAUGAAAAAAAUAAUAUUUACAAUACUACAGAAGAAGAGGAACAUGGGGUUGGGGGAGGAGGAGGAGAAGGAAGAAGUGGACACACAAUUAGAGGUGAUGAAAAUUACGAUCCUCAUCAUAAGUAUCGCCCUGGUCUUAGCCACGAUCAUAAUAAGGAUUAUCAGAAUUUUCAGAAUUAUCAUAACCAUUCGUCAUUAUCAGCUCCCAUUUAUAAUAACACAUUUAUUAAUUUCAAUUCAUGUUUCUAUAAAACCUCAAGCUCGUUCUUCAGUACCGGGGAAAAUAUUACAUACACAAUGCCUCAUGAUGAAAAUUUCUGUGUUACAGAUAUUCUAAACCAAAUUGAAAUUGAAAAGAAUACCUAUCUAGAUGAAGUGAAAGAAAAAUUAAAAAAAGAUAAACUUGAUGAAAAUAAUCCUUUAGAUGAAAAAAUUCUAAAUAAUUAUAUGACAGAAGAACAAAUCAGAAUUCCACUCGUAAUUGUUAUAAACAGCGUUCCUUCCCCACCAGGAUCUCCCUCCAUGUUGAAUUCUACACCUUUUGUGGGAAUUGGAAAAACAGUAAAAGAUAAUGGGAAAAAAGCCAAAUACUGUAACAAUGAAAAUAUAUCAGAAGUAGUUCUAGUCGACUUUAAAAAAAUGAAGGACAAAUAUAAACCUUUUAUAAUUAAAGAUAUCUGUGUGAUGAGUGAAAAUGGUUCAACAACAACUGCCAUGCUUCAUAAAAGUAAAAAGAAAAACCAAUCCUUCCAAUUUGUGGACAUUCUAGAUAUCUAUGGACAUGAAGAGCACGAUAAGGAAUGUCUCAUUUGCAUGACGUCUUACAAAGACACCUUACUCAUGCCAUGUAGACACUCUUCCUUUUGUUACGAUUGUAUGAAAUCUCUCAGACAGGAAAAAUGCCCUAUCUGCAGGUGUCUAUUCAACUCUUUUAUUAAGUUCCCCUUGAGGAAUAUGGACAGGGCAUCCGAGAUGCCAUAG